AUGUCACUUGAUGUAACUUUACGAGAUAGGCAAAUUUCUAUUUUGCAAAAAAUGCUUCAUUUGAACAAGGAAGGUUCUGCAGACUUGACAUUGGCAUCCAAAUCAGAAGAAAUAAUUUGGAAAGUCUUAGUAUUAGAUUCUAAAUCUCGAUCGGUUUUGUCAUCGGUAUUGAGAGUCAAUGACUUGUUAAAAUGUGGUAUAACUGUUCAUUCCUUGAUCAAUUCGAAAAGAGCAAAUUUGCCUGAUGUCCCAGUUAUUUACUUUGUCGAACCAACAAUUGAGAAUAUUUUAUAUAUAAUUGAAGACUUGAAUCAAGACCGAUACGAUAGCUUUUACAUCAAUUUUACAUCCCUGAUAAAUCGUGAAUUGUUGGAAGAAUUUGCUAAAAAAGUUUCCAUAUCUGGUAAAUCACAAAAGAUUAAACAAGUUUUCGAUCAAUAUUUAGAUUAUAUUGUCACCGAGCCAAACUUGUUUUCAUUGAAUUUACCCGAAAUUUUUACUCAGUUUAACAGCUCAAACACUGAUGAAGAGAAAAUUCACAAGUUGGUUGAUGUCAUUGCCAAUGGAUUAUUAUCUACUAUUGUUUCUAUGGAUAUAAUUCCUGUUAUACGAGCUCAACAAAAUGGCCCAGCUGAAUUUGUUGCACAACAAUUGGACUUGAAAUUAAGAGAAUAUUUAAGUAAUACUAGAGGAAGCACAGUGGCCACCGCUUCGAUUCAACAACGUCCUGUCUUGAUCUUAUUGGAUAGGAAUUUUGAUUUGGCAUCAAUGUUUUCCCAUUCUUGGUUCUAUCAAUGUAUGGUCAGUGAUGUAUUUCAAUUACAAAGAAACACAAUUAAAAUUACCAAACAUGCAACAAAAGAUGGAGAAAAGGAUUCAACUAAAAAUUACGAUGUUGAUCCCAAAGAUUUCUUUUGGAACAAAUAUUCUCACCUCCCAUUCCCUGAUGCAGUUGAAAGCGCUGAUGCUGAAUUAAAUGCAUACAAAAAUGAUGCUAAAGAAGUUACUGCUAAAACAGGUAUUAGUUCUUUGGACGAUAUUGACCCCAACGCAAAUGCAACGGCUAAUAUCCAACAAGCAGUUGAAAAAUUACCUGAAUUGACAGCAAGAAAGGCCACUUUGGAUAUGCACAUGGACAUAUUGUCAUCGUUGAUCAAUGAAUUGCAAGCGAAAAACUUGGAUAAAUAUUUUGAAAUAGAACAAAAUGCCACGGAUCCGAAAGUUUUGAAAGAGUUUUUGGAAUUGUUGGUUGUUGACUCAGAGAGAGAUAGUUCUUUGGAUAAAUUAAGAACAUUCAUAAUUUUGACUUUGUUGGUAGAUUUGACUCCUGAUUAUAUUGAAAAAGUUAAAUCUAUUUUCAAAGAAAAAUACCCACAAGUUGAUUUAUCCAGUUUUAAUUAUAUUUUGAAAUUUAAAGAACACUCAAAAUUGGCCAACUUAUCGACAUUGAACGAAACAAGUAAUAAUUUCACUAACCAAGCUUCACAGAUGAACUCAAGUGCCUUAUUGAGUGGAUUGUCAUCAAAACUUUACGGUUUGACAGAGGGUAAAAUCUCUGAAGGAUUAACUUCCAUUGCUACAAGAAUUAAAAGUUUUAUACCUGAAAAAAAAUUGCUUCCGAUUACAACUAUUGUUGAGGCAAUUAUGGAUCCAGUUAAUGCUUCUCAGCAGAGUGUCCAGUUGACUGACGAAUACUUGUAUCUCGAUCCUAAAUCAAGAGGCGGUCAUUCAAAACCCCCUAAAAGACAAUCUUAUCAAGAAUCAUUGGUGUUUGUUGUUGGUGGUGGAAAUUAUUUGGAAUAUCAAAACUUACAAGAAUGGGCUAAUGAUCCUAAUAAAGCUCGUAAAAAGGUUAUCUAUGGUAGUACUGAAAUUACAUCGGCAACCGAAUUCUUAGAUGAAUGUGGUGUUUUAGGUAGCUAA